UCAAUCUGCUGUUCCCAUUGGGGGCUCACAUAUGGCUGUCCCAGUGUGCAGGGAUGACGGAGGGGUCAGAGAAGCAGGGAUGUGGCACAGCCCCUACCUAGGGGUCAGUUUUUCUUCCCACUUCUCCCUUCUCCUCCUCCUGGGUGCUUUUGUCUGAGAGGUUGCACCAGGCUUCCUGUUAGGGCUACAUGCCCAUAAGAUCGCAUUAGCGCUCAACAGAUCCUAUAGCACAACAUCCAUUACCCCCCCCCAAACCUCAUCCCAUAUGGGAUGUUCAGCCUACAUUCCAUACACUCCAGUGCAGGGGCAGGGACUCCAUCAUGUACCCCACAGCACUCCGUAGCCCCAGGCUGUCUACAAUCCCAUCUCAUCCCACCCGAUCUCAAACAAUCAGUGCUCCAUUCUGUAUCCUGACACACGGCGAUGGGGCUGCCCAUACCCAUGCUCAUACACUUCGAGGAAUGUCCCCAGGCCACCCUGAGCAAGUGGGAGGUGUCACCCCACUGUGCCCUGCACAGAGUCGGCAGUGCUUUGUACACCCAAAAGAACUGCUGUAUAGCGCUGUCGCUGGGCAGGAGCCGGCUCCAAGCGCUGCCAGGCUGCACCCUCUGCUGGGACCUGAAGGCAUCGGCACGGCAUGAUGGGGACAACGCUGUUCACACUCCACGAGGCGGCCGCAGGGGACAACGGGGCUCCACGGGAGCUCCGCACUGUGGAACAGAGCAGCCAGCCAAUGCACGGAGGGGAACAAGAAAGGCAUGCUGCGUGCUGUCACCCCCCAGACCCCAGUUCUUGCCAAGAGGGAUGGAUGCUGCAAGAACAGGGCCACUGGGAGGCCCCAUGUUGGCCUCAUCCAGUCUGUCCCAGCAUGGAAGGCCUUUUGCCAGGCUGGGGCCAUCGUGAGCAAAGAGCGUGGAGCACUGUGGGGACAUCAGCUGGGGGUGCUGCCCAUCUCCCCAGAUGGCUGAGCCACAGCCAUGCCAACGCUGCUUCUGCCCGCCGCCACCAUCCCUGGCACAGGCUGCGGGUGCCCUGGGAAAGGCAGUGCCCCUAAUCCCCAGGCCAAGCGGGGACAUUGUCCAGGGGCAGAAAGCAAAGCGACGCGUCAGGCCCUUUGCCCAUUGUGCCCUGAGCCCCUGUGCAAACACAGCCCAGCGUUUUCAUUGUCAGCGGAGGGUGGCGCGGGGGGGCCGCUCUCGCCACACUGCCUGAGUGGAAUGGACAGCAGCAGCCUACCCGCUGGGUGCCCCAGCCCCCCCGCUGACACAGCGCAUAGCCCCCCUCACAGCCCCGCUUCACCACCCGCUAUAUAGGGCUGGGGAAAGCCAGAACCGUCACCACCACCUUCGCCUCUGUGCCCUGCGACCAAGUAAGUACCAGGCUGUGAGCCUCCGAACCCCACUGCACCGCUGCUGCCUUCGCCCCUCGCGUGAAUCCUCCCAUAGACAGCAGAAGGGUGUUGGGUUCAUCCUUGCAAGAGAUGUGCCAUCUCACACGGGUCCAACAGGCACCCAGACCCCUCAGCAUGCAGGGCAAGGGGCUUGGGAGCAGCCCCACACAUUGGGCAUAUUACAUGGAGAGAGAGGGCAUUGCAGCUGGAGGGGUCUUGAGGUCCUCAGAGACCCCUCAGCUGUAAGGGAAUGGGAUGGGAGGUGUCCCCUGACCAGCCUGGAAAGGGCCGGUGACAGAGGAUGACACCCAGGUGACACCGGGGCUCUGCCCACAGCUGAGCUCCCCGCAUGACCAGCGAAGCCAUGGACACUCUGGGGCAAUACAAGAUCACGGUGUGGGAGGAGGAGAGCUUCCAGGGCAAGCGCUGCGAGUUCCUCAUGGAGUGCCCCAGCAUCAUGGAGCGUGGCUUCCGCAAGAUCCGCUCCAUCAAGGUGGAGUCUGGCCCCUGGGUGGGUUUUGAGUACCCCGAAUACCAGGGGCAGCAGUUCAUCCUGGAGAAGGGUGACUAUCCACGGUGGGAGGCCUGGAGUGGGAACAGUGGAUACCGCACCGAGCACCUCCUCUCCUUCCGACCUGUCAAGUGCGCGAACCACAAUGACAGCAAGGUCAUCCUAUAUGAAGCGGAGAACUUCCAGGGGCACAAGUUUGAGCUGAGCGACGACUACCCCUCACUGCAGGCCAUGGGCUGGGGCAACAAGGAGGUGGCAUCCAUCAAAGUGAACGCUGGAGCGUGGGUGGCGUACCAGUACCCAGGAUACCGGGGUUACCAGUACGUGCUGGAGCGGGACAGACAGAACGGCGAGUUCAAGAAGUACAGCGAAUACAGCAGCCAGGCCCACACCAACCAGAUCCAAUCCAUCCGCCGCAUCCAGCACUGAGCGGGGGCAAAGUGGGUGCCCUCGCAGCCUGCGGGCUGCCGUGCCAUAGACCUGU